AUGCACACGCGCCUAAUCCUCCCAAAUCUGCCGCGACUCGCACCAGCCCCCGAGUCAGAGGGGGAAGCAAUCGCACGUGCCACGUGCCCCACAGUCCCGACAGCUAACCGCCAACUCCCCGAGGAGCGAGGCACUCCCCGUCCACACGCGCCUCUCCGCCCGCGCUCACACACGGGCUUGGCCCCUUCAGCACCAACGCCCCGAGACCGCACUACCCCACACGUGCCAACACGCGUGCCACACUCCCAGCGGACAAGCUCCUGCGGCCCCACCUGCGCCCCGCUGGCCUGGCGGCCCCGCGCCCUCGGAGGGGAACCGCGACGGCCCCUCGCCCCCCGCCCACCGCCCCCUCCAGGCCCCCGAAGCACGAAGCACGACCGCCGAGGCGCAGACCCCAGACCCGCCGCCGCCGCCCGGGACCCCGCUGCCGACGCCGACACGCCCAAGAACCCGCUUCAGAACCGCCGGGUCGGGACGCCGGGGUGCAGACCCCAGAACCACCGGCCGUCCGGGACCCCGCUGCCGACGCCGACACGCCCAAGAACCCGCUUCAAACCGCUGGGUCGAGACGCCGAGGCGAAGACCCCAGACCCGCCACCGCCCGGGACCCCGCUGCCGACGCCGACACGCCCAAGAACCCGCUUCAGAACCGCCGGGUCGAGACGCCGAGACGAAGACCCCAGACGUACAGCCGCCCCGGACCCCGCUGCCGACGCCGACUCCCAAGAACCGGUCUCAGCCCCGCGCGGUCCACACCCGCACACCGCCCGAACCACUCGCGCGUCAGCUCACCGUCGCGGCGGCGGUCGCCGAGCGUCCACGCGGCCGGUUGCUACGUGA